AUGACGAACCGUUCGGAUAGAAUUUCGACCAUCAAGGACGACGGCCAAAAAUGCAGGCUAUUCGUGGGUAAUCUGCCGAAGGUGAAGACGGAAAAGGAGAUAUUUGACGAAGUGAGCCGCAUAACGCGUGGUCAUCUGGUGCGUGUGAUCACGUACAAGAACUUCGACGACCCGUCGAUGCACCGGGGCUUCUGCUUCCUGGACUAUGGGUCGGUGGCCGCGGCUACGGGAGCCAAGUGGGCACUGUCGAAGCAAAAGGUGUUCGGGUGCAAGACAAUCGUCGACUGGGCGGACCCAGAACCGCAGGUGGACGCAAACACGAUGGCCACGGUGCGCGUACUGUUCGUCAAGAAGUACGGCGGCAUGCUGGACGAACGCGUGCUGGCCAAGAUGUUUGGCCGGUACGGGGUCGUGGAGCGCGUGAAGAACCUGAGGAACUACGCGUUCGUGCACUUUGAGCGGCGUGAGGAUGCGCAGUCAGCCAUGGACGCACUGGACUCUUUCAGGGACGUGGUUUCAGGUGUGCGUCUCGAAGUCGCGUGGGCCAAACCGCCGGUGGACAAGCAAACGCGACGGCGGAUAUUGCGUAACCGAGAACGCCGGAUACGGAAAUCCGCGGUCACGGCCAUGAGUCAACCGAUUCGCUAUGCCCCGCGGCCACCGGAACGCGCUCCUGGAGCCAAAAAACGCAUCGGCCCAACCCCCGCCGCCACAGCCUACACCAAGUACGACCAUCGCGGUAGCGUAUUCGGACCGCGGCAACCGUACAACCGGUGCACUCCCGUCUCCACGUUGAACAUUCCAGUGGCCGAGGCCACGUCCGACGACCGGAACAACAACAAUGCACGCCGGCGCGGCACCAACGUCACGAGCACAGAAGAGUGCAAAGCGGUUCGCACGACGAUGGCGAUUGGAAGAAAGGUUCCACGAGCACGUUGGACUAGAAACUAUUGA